UAAUUUUCUAUCAGAUCCGAUUUUUUUUUGAGUGAAUUAUGAUGUAAUGGCGAAAGAAAAGAGAAUCUAAUAAGGAAAAUUAUCUACUCCAUCCGAUUGGUUCUGGGUUCGAAUCCUGAGAACCCAUUUUUUAAUACUGAAAUCAUAUUAUUCAUAGGAGAUUGCUUAGGAAUUUCUCAUAAUACCCAACCCGGUUGAUUCGCAGUCGGGAAGUGUCAAUGGUUCAGGUAUAAAACCAGUCAUGCUUCUCUCUCCUUCCUCAUUUUCCCAGGCAAUGCCGCAUUUCUUGUAUACAGAAAUGCAGUUGAAGCAAUGUCGUGUUUCGGAGAUUUUUCAUACCCAAGAGAACAAGUUAUUGAUCAGGCAGGGUUUGACAAACAUUGCUCCAAAAUCACUGUCUUUCUCCAACAGGAGUUUUCACAGGGGAAGACACUGUUGGAAACUCAAAUUUGCUUUAGAUACUGGUGGAUUAUCCGGUAAUGGCAAUCAGCAAAAUGAUAUUAACGAGGACUCCUCGGGUCUUGGGCAAACACGGCUUAGCAGGAUUGUGAUUGCAGGUGGCAGGCAGCUGCUAGCAAAGUUGAAUUCUGCUAGAAAGAAUUUCCCGAUGAAAGUUUUUCUUCUGUUGCUGGGAUUCUACACUGCUAACGCACUAGCAACAGUACUUGGUCAGACGGGUGAUUGGGAUGUAUUGGUUGCAGGUAUUGUAGUAGCUGCCAUCGAGGGUAUUGGUAUGCUCAUGUACAAAAGAAGUACAUUACCAAGUGGGAGGCUACAAUCUUUAGUUGUGCUCAUCAACUAUUGGAAAGCCGGUGUUUGCUUAGGCCUUUUUGUAGAUGCUUUCAAAUUGGGAAGCUGAAAGUUCCUAUUCAUAAUAUAGAAACAACAAUGUAAUCUGUACAAUGUAUCAUUUCUCCGACACAACUCGAGUUCAAGGUGAGCGUGGCUAUUGCGAGGUGCUGCAGCACACAAACUUCUGUUGGCCAGUCUUGAUUGGAGCGGAGAAUGUUCUGUUAUGCAAGGGUGUUGAUGUUGCUAGUGUUCAUGCCAGGAUUGUUGCUUGUUCUUAAAAUACUUACUCCGUUCCAUGAAUAUCACACCAUCUUGUUUUUUACACUGUUCACACUAGAUCUUUAGUCACAUUAUGUGAUUCAUAUCCAAUUAUAGUUAUGUGAGAUCUUGUUAAAUUCGUAUCGAUAUAUAUAUUUUAUAAAUAUCAA